AUUAAAAAUUUUAAAUGAUCAACCAAAACUAUGAAGCAGCUGCAUCAAAUUUUUGAGGUUUCUAUCCUCAAUAUAUGAUGUGCAACUAUCAAAACACUUCUGACUUACAAGCUGUCUCUGGAGAGGCACUUUUCGUAAAUGAUUUCCAGAAUUCUGGAGCAAAAUGGACAGCUAUUGCUGGACAAGGAACCAGUAAUGCAUUCUCCAGCUUAGACUCUCACAAUGCAAAGAUAGAUCAGUUCCAAGGCCAAAUAGAUUACUAUCAAGGUUUCAUGCCCACACAAGACUCAUACAUAAAGGCUACUUCAAAAGCCAGUUUCGAUCUCUCAGAAAAACUGCCCAGGAUCGAAAAGGUAUUCGAAGAAGUUAGCAAUUUUGCUGAAUUCAGCCCUGCUGGAUCAUCCAAAAGCACUCUCCCAGACAGUUGCUACUCUUUUGAACAGCAAACUCCUGCUACUAGCCAGAUUUUUGAGUCGAGGUUACACCAGUUGUACAAGAACUUACAUUCUCUGGAAGAUUCAUCGAAAUGUGUGACAUCCCUCCAAAAUUUCCCAAAAUGCGAGUUUAGACAAAAUACAUUUGUUGAAUCAACCCCAGGCUGUGAUGGUGUAAACAGUGACAUGCUAGCAUACCACAAUGCCCUCCAGGAAGGUGACAUCAUCAAGAAAGCAUCUGAAAUAACCACUCAAUAUGAGAAACUCGAAAUGAAAAAUCUGAAGAGACACUACAAAAUGGAUCUUAUGCAAGUUUCGAUCAAGAAAAAGUGCCAGAAGAGAGGACGCAAAAGAGUCAAUGUGCUUCCAGCACAAAACUUCGAUGAACUUCUUAGUAACCUAGUGGUCCCAAAAUGGACUACUAUUCUAACUAAGAAAACUAAGAGGGAAGGAGAGCCAAUCGGGCAAGUCACUGAUGAGUACCUCUGGACCAAGGUCCUCAGAGACAUGAGAGAUUUUUUCAGAAUUAUCUUCAAAAGCCGAUUCCAUAGAUCAGAGAAACGUGAGGACUCCAAUAGAGACCUUCUCGUUAAGAUGUUUUUGCAAGAACUAGGAAUAACUGACAUUUCUUUCCUAAAUUCGGUCUCUACAUUCGAUUUCCUCUACAAAGCUCACUAUAAGGCCAGGUCUACUAAUGAGGGAAAAAUCUUCAAAGACAUCAUCAACAGCACCCCUAUGAGGAUCUAUUAUUACUACAGCGAAACAGUCAGAGAAAAUUUCUUGCAAGAUGAUUUGUGCUCUAGAUUACUAUACUACUUCUUAGUAAACUUCGGAGUAACUUAUUUAUCUUGUAUUCAAAAGAAUCUGAGACCAGGUGUCGAAUCAAUCAUUAACUAUGUAACAAAGAGGUUUUCCUAUGGAUCUUAAAAAUACUUCCCAUUGGAUGCUCUUUGCUACACCCCAACUUCUAUUGCUAACUUAUAAACUUUGAACCUAUUCUAUUU